AUAGCACCUCCUCUUGUUCAGCACCCAAAGGACGAAAGUGCGAGAUUCGUCUGUGUUGUCUAUUAUAGCUAGCUAACUAUUAUUGACUGCCCAUAUAUGUGUAGAAACGUACAGAAUAUAUAUAUUUUUUUGCUUGAUGUGACAAACUUAGUUAGUGUCAAACAUGCGUAAAAAUCUACGCCAUCCGAACAGGGAACCGCCGAGAAAGGAAUUAUCGCCACUCAUCUGAGGCCAAACUCGCCGAUUUUGUUUUGUCAAAUAAGGAAACAAAACAAGAUAACGUCAGCUAGCUCGACACAUCACCACGAAAAUACCCACUACACAGGGACCUCAAAAACAUCUACAUUCGUUUUACAGUUGGAAACCAGUGUGUAGGUAUGGGGGCGUUCCUGGACAAGCCUAAGACCGAGAAGCACACGGCCCAUGGCCAGGGCAACGGGCUGCACUAUGGGCUGAGUAGCAUGCAGGGCUGGCGGGUGGAGAUGGAGGAUGCCCACACUGCCAUGGUGGGCCUUCCCCAAGGCCUCAACGACUGGUCCUUCUUUGCCGUCUAUGACGGGCACGCCGGCUCCCGCGUCGCCAACUACUGCUCUGCCCACCUGCUGGAGCACAUCCUGUUAGGGGGGGCAGAGUUCACCCCGGGGAUGGGCUCAGUGGAGGGCGUUAAGGAUGGGAUCCGCGCCGGCUUCCUGAGGAUCGACGAGUACAUGCGCAACUUCUCGGACCUGCGGCAUGGGUUGGAUCGCAGCGGCUCCACGGCAGUGGGUGUGCUGCUAAGCCCCUCCCACCUCUACUUCAUAAACUGUGGCGACUCCCGGGCCGUGCUGAGCCGAGAAGGGCGAGUUGGAUUCUCUACACAGGACCACAAGCCGUGUAACCCCAGAGAGAAGGAGCGUAUCCAGAACGCAGGGGGGUCAGUGAUGAUCCAGAGGGUGAAUGGUUCCCUGGCCGUGUCCAGAGCCCUGGGGGACUAUGACUACAAGUGUGUGGAUGGGAAGGGUCCCACAGAACAGCUGGUUAGCCCAGAGCCAGAGGUGUGUGUGUUGGAGCGUGCUGCGGAGGGGGAUGAGUUUGUGGUGCUGGCGUGCGAUGGGAUCUGGGAUGUGAUGUCUAACGAGGAGCUGUGCGACUUCGUCAGGUCCCGGCUACAGGUGUUUGACGACCUGGAGAGAGUCUGCAAUGCUGUGGUGGACACCUGCCUGCACAAGGGCAGUAGGGAUAACAUGAGUGUGGUGUUGGUGACUUUACCGGGAGCUCCCAAGGUGUCUGAACAAGCUCUGAAGAAAGAGGAGGAAUUGGACAAAUACCUGGAGACACGUGUAGAGGACUUGCUGGGUGGCUGUGGAGAAGAGGGGGUUCCUGACCUGGUGUCUGUUCUGAGGUACAUCGCCUCUGAGAACAUCCCCAACCUACCUCCUGGAGGAGGCCUGGCCAGCAAACGCAGUGUGAUCGAGGCGGUGUACAGCAGGCUGAACCCACACAGAGAAGAGGAAGGGUGUGAUCUGGAGGACCACUGGUAGUCGUGGUAACGGCGACCCCKGUCUCCUCCUGUGAUUGGUCUAGCCACCCAGAGGGGGAGUUGCCUCCUCCACACGCCCAGUGGACGACGUGCAUGUGUGUGAGGACGAACCCACACACACGCUCUGCUGUUACCUGGGAGGAGUGUGUUUUUGGAGGCGGUUUUAAGGACUGAUGAAACGUCAGGAGGGUAGAAGAUGGUUUUUACCUUCCAGGUUUUCUGGUGUUUUAUUCUUUUUUUUGUUGAUGUUGUUGACAUUGAUCACCCGACUACACACGGACAUGAGGACCUGAGGUGUAUUUGUGUAUGUGUGUGAAAGAAAGCUUUGAGGUGGGGACCAGGAACCAGACUGGUUCAAUCUGGCUCUUGUCUUGGACCCGAACACACACACACACCCUUCAACCUUACACACCACACCCUGCACAUGCAUGUACCACACACACACACACACACACACACUCAGAGGAGGGUCCACGUGCUACAUGUUGAUGGUUAUACUACCCCCUCUGCAAAACUCCACCGCUACUGGACAGUUAUUGGUUAAAACUGAUCCCACCUGACUGCCUCUGAUUGGCUCCUGCUGAUGGAUGGAGAUUUGUGAUGUUUUUUUCCUCUUGUUUGCUGUCAGAUAAAGGAAGGAGGAGAGAAAGUGGAAUCCCAAACCAGUUCCUUCCCCCUCGGCACUAGAUUUGCGCGUUCGUGCCAGCCAUGUGCACAAGUUUCCCAAAGCUGAGGGAGUGAAAAUAUUGUGGGAUUAGGGGCUAAUUCGACCCUCUGUUACACUUUGAUACUUCACAGAAAAGUAGUAUACCGACACCCACCACGACAUGUUUUGGAGUUAGUGUAAUUUCAUAAUUAGGCACGCAUUUUCACAAUUUAUGGCACAUACAUUUGUUGGUCUGACGUAAUGAAUUAUAAUACCUUCCAAAUUAAAUGUUCAAUUUACUACGAUUCACACUAUAUUGAAACAAUGGGACAUUUCUCAAUUAGAAUAUCAUGCAAGUCAUGUGUGAUGGGGUUCAUUGAUCACUUCGUUGUGCUGAAAAUCAGCCUCUGUUUUGUCAGCAAGUGUGACAAUGGAGGGACCUCAGUGAGUUGGUAGAGGCAAGGGACUGGUUUGGGAUUCARCAGAGGACUAUAAGGCUCUCUUCUCUCGGGUGGGAAUGGGCUCACAAUGGUGGAUUCUGAGGGGGUGGGUUUUGUGUGAAGAUAUCAUCCUGUGUGAUGUCACUGGCUGGACUGAGGGAGGGCGGGAGUAGGGCUGUCACUGUUGGACCUGCUGUGUCUAAAACAGACCUCUCCUAGACCCCGCUGUCUCACCACCUCCCAGCCCUGCCGCUCUUCCCCGCCCCCUGAUCAAAGCAGGAUCAAUAGUUAACCUGGUCACUUUGAUCAACAGUCACACGUAGCUGUUUAUUUGACAAAUUAUUACAAAAGCUGAAGUUGAAUUCAAAUCUGUCUUUUUUUAAACUAGGAAAUAUGGAUUUAGAGAAUAUUUAGGAACGUUACCUAAACAUUUGAUCCUGCUUUGUGACGACAUACCCUCUGGUAGACUCAGUUGGCMCCCAGGCUUCUAGUUUUAAAGGUGCACCCUACAAUGUGACGUCACCAUACACUGCAGGGCAACUUCCUGGUUACACAAUUAAAAUCUGCCAAACCUGACACUUAAUAUUCUGUUGCUGUUCUCUUUAAAGCAGAGUGCUGCCCUCACUGUAUGACGAAGUCAAAUUGUGGCAUGUACCUUUUAACCCAGGUAGAGUCCCAGUGUUAACCCUGUGUUCCUGGUUCGGACUACAUCGGUAAUGUUUUGUUUUUGCUGUUUGAUUGCACUCACAUUUGAUUACAGAAAGCGUCUAUAUAUGAAAUAAAAUACCUGCCAAGGACCAGUGGCCACAG